AUGGCCGAACGCAGCGACACGUCAGCCACGUGGCCGAAAGGUGCGAUCAACGACAGCAAACGGCCGCCGCUGCCGACGCUGUUCCACGCAGAGAAACGCGGCCGCGCGGCCCCUGGCGAGUCGACCACCGGCACCGGAAGCAACCGCCCAAGCAGCAACCGACCCUCUUCCAGCAACGUAAGCGCAUCCAGCAACGUAAGCGCAUCCAGCAACGUAGCCUCGCCCCCUCUGUCGGACGAGCUCCCGCACUUGGCCAGUUGGAAGUCGUCGACGUCGUCGACCGAUGGCGCGUCGGGCGACGUGAACACGGGCACGUACACGCGCGUGUCGCUCAAGGUGAGGGCCCCCAGUCGGCUCGGCGAGAUGGUGCACUGCUCGGGCUCGUCGUUCGUCAUGGGCCACUUUAACCCGAACGAGAGCAUGACGCUCGUGACGACGCCCGAGGACUACCCCUACUGGACGACGCUCAAGCCCAUGAUCUUGCCCCGGGGCGUGCCCCACCAGUACAUGUACGCGCUGUUCUCGGGCGGCGUCUUUAGCUCGUGGGAACAAAUCGCCUGCGAGCGCGUGCUCGUGCCGGAAGGACGCGAGAUGCUCGUGGUGGAAGAGUACGGGCAAUUUGAUCGCGACAUGGAGCUCGUGCCGACUGGCGAGCGCGUGGACCGCUCGCUGGUCUACGAACGGCGCAAGCUCGCGCAGCCGCUGUCCAUGAGAAUUGGGGACGCGUCCACGGAGAAGGAUGAUAACGGUGCGAUGGCUGCGACGGCUGCUGCUGCUGCUGCUACUGCUGGAGCUGCCGGGGCAUUGUGGACUGACCGGGAGACUGGAGCAACUCAAGCGACGGCCAGUGUCGCCGAUGUCGACGACGACCAGACAGACAGCAUCAGGUCUCCGCCAAGCAGCAGUGUCUCGGGCUCACCGAAUCAGCGGUUCCGACAGAAGGACAAGAUGCAGAGCCGAUACAAGCGGUACAUGCCAUCGAACUAUCGUCCGGCGCCCGAUGCUGUGCUGUUUCUAGUGUGCUAUCAUUUGCCUGUGAAACUGACAAAGUCGGUCGAGAGUGGAUCCUGGUCGGCUACGUGGAACCGCGACAGUCUGAUCUCGAGGAGUGAAAACAGCAUUGCAGAGAGCAUGAACACGACGUGGGUGGGCUGUGUGACGUACCACGCUCGAAGCGAUCGGGAAGAGCUUUCCGCUGACGACAAGAGCGAGAUCACAGCGAUCUUGGCUGAGAUGAACUGCAUUCCCGUUUUCAUUGACCGCCAAUUGGCAGCCAACCACCACGGCGGAUAUUGCAAAAACAAGCUGUGGCCCAUGUUCCACAAUGUGGAUAUCUUGGACAUUUACUACGCCAUUUGGGACCGUGCAGAAGUGAUUGAGUGGAAAGAGGAGCGCAACAAUGGUGAGUGGUGGGAUGCGUAUCAGACAGUGAACAGGCUACUGGCGAACCGCGUUGGCGAAUUGUGCAAGGAAAAUGACACGGUGUGGGUGCACGACUAUCACUUGUUGCUGUUUCCGUCCUACCUGGCCAACACGUGCAGAAGCGAGAAUCGCAAGCGACCCAAGAUGGUGUUUUUCUUGCACGUGCCCUUUCCCACAUCGGAGGUUUUCCGAGAGCUUUCGCACGGCACGCAGCUACUAGAAGGUGUGCUGGACGUAGACAUUGUUGGAUUCCACUCAUUUGAUCACGCUCGGCACUUCCUCAAUGCCUGCAAACGCUUUCUGGGUCUCUCGUAUCAGUCUCGACGCGGUGGAAACUUGGGCGUGGAUUAUUGUGGUCGCAAUGUGAUCAUCACGAUCAGCCACGUAGGCAUUGAGACGACGCUGAUUCGCGAGGUGCUUGACAAUCCGGCUGUGCAGGAGGCAGCCCGUAACCUUCGCGAGAAGCAUGCGGGCAAACUUCUCAUUGCAGGUGUAGACGUCUGUCAGCGGCUGAGUGGUAUUCCGCUCAAGAUGCUUGCAUUUGAACAGUUCUUCAGCAACUGCCCGACAUGGAAGGAUAAGCUUGUGUUUGUGGAGCGUGCUCACCGGACACAAAGCCGACAGGGCGAUCAGAACUAUAGCAGCAAUGAGAUCCGCGAGCUCGUGGAUCGGAUCACCAAGGUCUAUGGUGCCGGGUGCAUCGAUUACGAGGAGUCGUCAUCUCCAUUUACUUUGGAAGAGCGCGUGGCGCUCUGGCUCGCCAGCGAUAUUUUGAUGGUGACGUCUAUUCGCGAAGGGCUCAACUUGAAGCCGUUAGAGUUUGUGUAUGCAAAGGGUGUAGAUCCUUCGAAUCGACCGGGUGUGGUUAUUCUUAGCGAGUUUUCGGCCUGCUGCUGUGUCCUGAACGGCGCUGUGCGUGUGAAUCCGUGGAACAUCACAGGCUUGGUGAACUCACUGGACCACGCAUUGACAAUGAGCGACGAGGAGCGACUUGGCCGUCGCGCACGGGACCUGCCCUACAUUACUAGUCAACCUGCCGCAAACUGGACGAAACAAGUGCUGUCUGUUCUGCAUGAAGUGACCGACAACCCGGAGGCUGAUGAGGAGUACACGAACAUGGAGUAUACGGAUAUGGAGAUCGGCCGCUCGCACGUGCUACGCGUCGGCGAUCGAUCGGACUUCAAGCAGUUGAACAUUGACAAAGUCAUGACAGCGUAUAUGCAGUCCAGUCGACGAGUGUUCUUGCUCGACUACGGUGGCACGAUCAUUGCGCGUGAAAACAUUGCAAUGUACAUCAAGAAAGACUUUACCGCGGUGACGAGUAAACGGCCGUCUCCCCGCAUGAUCGAGGCACUCACGAACUUGACAAGCGAUCCGCGGAACACAGUAUUUGUGGUCAGCGGUGUGAGCAAGUCGAACUUGACUGCGUCGCUCGGACACAUUCGCGGUCUCGGUCUUGCGUCCGACAAUGGAGCAUUGUACUCAUGGGCUCGAUCCAUUAAUAUUGACAAUCCUGACGACACGGAUAUGCAGGAUGACAGUAGUUCAAGCGGUCGUCACUGGCACGAGCACAGAUAUAAUUUUGACUGGGCCGCGGUUCGUGAGGUGGUCGAUCCGAUUUUAAAGGUGUACUGCACACGCACAAAUGGUAGCGUAUUGCGGCAUGCUGAGCAGAGUAUUGCCUGGAACUUCCGCUCGACUGAUCCAGAGUGGGGUUUGCUGCAAGCUAACUCGCUGCAAAACGAUUUGGAAGAGGUGAUCCGCGACCUGCCAGUGAACAUCAUCCGGAAGAAGGGUCUGCUGGAGAUUGUCCCAGAGGGUUUCAACAAGGGUGUGGUAGCGAGACAGAUUUUGACUCAAGAUGCGCGCAUCAGCCACGGCCACCCCGACUUUCUCUUUUGCAUUGGUGACGACACAACGGACGAGAGUAUGUUCAAGGCAAUCUACGACUACUAUGCCGAGCGGACGGAAGAGAGUAUACACGGGCAUCCUGGCAGCACUAGCUACGAAGACUUUCUGGCUACAGGCGACGAAGGUCCGCUUCACCACGUCUUCACGUGCACAGUGGGUAAGAAGCCGAGCAACGCACAUCUGUACGUGAACAAUGUGGGCGAGGUCGAGCAGCUCUUACAAGCGCUGGGCAAGGCGUCAGGCGAGUUGCGUGGCACAUAG